AUGGCUUCCAUACAACCCUCACAAGACAGCCUUGACAGGCGAAAGAUCGUCGGUAUCAACGCCGAGACCGUCACGGACAUCACGUCGACAGACUUUCCUGGCCACCAUGCUGGCGAAGAUAACUCCUGGUCCCUCGACAGAUUCGAGAACAACUUGAAAAUCCUCUUCCAUCAAAAUCAAAAAUAUGAAGCUACUUUCUCCCUUGUUGGUGUCGACGCCUCUGUCGCCAAUGCUCUCCGCCGCAUCCUCCUCGCCGAAGUUGCAACCCUCGCCAUUGAGAAAGUCUACGUCCAGAACAACACCUCCGUGAUUGCAGAUGAAGUCCUUGCGCAUCGCUUAGGACUAAUCCCACUCAAGGGAAAUGUCGAGGGCCUCAAAGAGUUGGACUUCUUCGUCGAGCCGAAUGCCGACAGUGGUGUCCAAGGCACCGACCGGAUGGACACGAACACGGUCGUACUAAAGCUGAAUGUUAAAUGUGAACGAAAUCCAAACGCCGACAGAAGUGCCACAGAGCCAGAGGAAAAAUACAUCAAUAGCCGCGUCUACUCACGUCAUAUUGAAUUCAUGGCCCAAGGCGCACAGCAGGAACUUUUCGCGAAAGAGCCGUUAGAGGCCGUUAGCCCCGAUAUAUUGAUUGCGAAACUACGUCCGGGUCAAGAGAUUGACUUGGUCAUGCACGCGCACCUGGGGAUUGGUGGCGACCAUGCGAAAUUCUCACCCGUCGCGACGGCCACGUAUCGCCUCCUCCCGUCCAUCACCAUCACAAAACCAAUUCUGGGCGCUGACGCUCGGAAGUUCCAAAAAUGCUUUCCCCCUGGCGUGAUUGACCUCGAGCGUGUGACCCCCUCUGACGCGGCAUCGGACAACCCAGCCUACCACAACCGCGAGGGCGACGAGAAGGCCGUCGUCAAAGACCCCAUGCGCGACACUGUGUCAAGGGAAUGCCUGCGGCACGAUGAGUUCAAGGGGAAAGUCAAGUUGGGAAGAAUACAGGAUCAUUUUAUUUUCAAUGUCGAGAGCACAGGCCAGUUUCCAAGCGAUGACCUAUUCUUGCAGAGUGUCGAACUGUUAUCACAGAAGGCGAAGAGACUACUGAGGGCGUUGGACGAGAUGGAGAAAUGA